GAGCUAUUUAUGGAAAAGCCAGUGGCUCAAGCGACUAUCGCACACAGCAACGUCAAACAAUUCACAGCUUACAGAGCCUCCGCCUCGAAUCAAACUAAGCAGAUCUGAUGAUCGACGUCCAUCAGAGCCUGUGUUGCCAAGCAGCAUGGCUCUCCGUAGAAUGUCCGCCUGGUCGGCUUUAUCUGGCAAGCCUGAUCCUGGAGUUGACGGGAUACUGUUCAAGCGUGUAUUCAGCGAUCUCGAGAGGCUCCUCGAUGAAACUCUUUCCCUCGCCCUGGAGGUCGCGGACCAUUCGGAAACCGCAGCUCAUGCUAGUCACCCUGCCGUGUCAAAUGAGUAUGGCACCGAUCAUGUGGACGUAUCAAACUUGUCGAUGGGCAACAGACCCCAAGAAAACGUCAAAGCAUUUCCUAUAGAUGGAGUAUAUACGGCCUACCUAGCGAGGCCGGGAUGCAGGCGUGCUGCCACUUACACUGCCGUACCCAAACGCCCGCGGCUGGCCGAUAUAGUUGAGAGCUAUUCCGGAACCUAUCAGGAGCUUCGAACAAAGACUCAGGCUGAACGAAGACAACAAAGUGGCCCCUCACGACGUUCUUCACUCAGCAGAAAGUCCCGGAAAUCUAACCAAGGGUUAAAGGCGGAUCGUAGACGUAGGCCGGUUAUGUUGAAAGAUCUCCGCAGCACAAGUGCCCUUCUUGAUGUCGGAGGAAUGGACGCCCAAGGACAAACAACAACUCAUAAACGCUCGGCAGCUGUGAACGUUUCAGCAGCCGUUCGAAGUGGAACCAGCCAUGAUGCUCUGCCAGAACAUAACAUUGCUGGGAGAAGACUGCAUGGCGAACAUGGCAUCAAUCUUCGAAAGCGAUCGCACGCAAUUGCAGUCAGCAGUCCCAGGCUUACCAACACUGCGUCUUGGAGGGCGAUUCUGUUGGCCUCUCGUACCCUAAUGGGUGGCUCUUUGGGUUUUGCUACAAUGAACUUUCACUCAGUUCUGACGGACCUUUUUGGUGCUUCCCUAAUGUGUCAGCAUCCCCAUGAAGAGGUUGUGGAUCAUUUCGACGCAAGAAGACAUGGUGGUGGCAUGGGUAUUUGGCUUGGCAUCUGGACCUGGUGUUGGAUUGGAUCUCUUGGACUUGGUUUUCUCAUUGGCGCCGCUAUCAUUGAUAAACACUCGCCAGCAUGGGGUUUUUACACCAGCAUCGUGAUGAUUGCAGUUGUCUUGAUUCUCAAUGUGAUAUGCCCCGAGGUUCGACGAUCUGCAUUCCGACGAUCGAUUGCAGAAGUCCGAACAGGAGGAGACAUCUCGCGUCGUCUGGCUCGAGGAGAAGUGAUGAUGCAUCGAGUCAAGACAGGUCCAAAGUGGUGGGGACAGGAAGCAUACCAUGGUGUUCGUUUAUCUUUGGAGAUGCUUGAACAACCUGGCUUCGCUGUUGUAGCGAUAUAUGUCGCAUGGAUUUAUGCACAAGUCGUUCUAGUCAUCAUUCUGCUGGGCUCACUCGUGUCUCGAUUCUAUCAUCUAAGAUCGCCAUAUGUCGGCCUUCAUGUCUCCGCAGUUGCACUCGGCGCUCUACUUGCAAUUCCUUUCCAAAAGGCCAGCAUCUUCUCGAGAUCUCGCAGCCGAGAAAAUAAAGUCAACCGCGAGGUUAUAGGCAGAAAGAUAGUAUGGUCUUCACAUCUAGUCCGCCGGGCCGUCUUUACUAUUGCCCUUCCGAUUGGUGGCGCCUGUUAUGCUGCUGUUUCGUCAGGACCGCCAAUCAGUUCUGGCGUGCCAACCUUUUUUGUCUUAUGUAUAGGUUUUCUAUCCUGUCUCGCAAUUUCAGAAUGCAACGGCCUUAUCAUGGAAACCUUCGAUACAUCGGAUCUGUCUCCCGGAAUGGUUGGUCGCCACCGUGAUCCCUCAGGUCAAGACCAGCGUCGAACCAAUUACUCCUCUUUUCCGAGAGUGACAGCGGGAUUCGCUAUGAUACAAUCCUUCUCAUACAUACUUGCGGCUGGUUCAACUGCGCUGGGUGGUCAUGUAACGCGGAAGCUUGGCCAACAAGUUGCCACGAGCGUCGUAGCUGCGAUACUCUUCUUGUUAACUGUCCUCUUGUUGCUUGUUCUCAUUCGGUUCAAGAAUGUGCUCAUCAUACCUCGUUCAAAAUCGGAAGAGAUGGAGAGAAUUACCCAAGCCCGUCGACGGUCUUCGAAACGUCGGGCUUCCAUGCCCAAUGACUUGCGUGCAUUGAUGGAAGAGGAUUAUGCCUGGCGGCCCACAAUGAUAGGAAACCCGAUGGGCAAAAGCCGCCGAAUGAACGUAUUGGAAAUGGGUAACCUGACAAGGUGGCAAGACAUUCGACGUAGAAAUAAGCUCAUAGAUGCGGGUGUUCAUCUCAAUCGUGAUACGUUGGAUCAAGGCCUAGAUGCUCUAGAUGUUGCACUCGAGAACCAUAUUGAUAACAUGCGACAGAAUGCAUCUGGAUUCUUCAGACGAGGGAGCUUAAGAAAGCAUGGAGGCCGUCUCCGUCGCAGCAACCAAAGCAGCGAACAGACAUUUCAUGACUUGGAACUGGACAUGCUUGAUCCAGUGGGUACGCCGAGCGAGUCAUCCCAGCAACCUCGACAGUAUGUCGAGAGGGAAUGUGUUAUGGGUCAAACAAUCAAGGAGGAGAACAAGGACGAGGCCCAAGCUGGACCUAGCACUUCACAAAAAGACCACACUUAA